GUGCACCGGGUGCUGGGAUUAAACCCUUUGCGUUGCAGCAUGGAGAGUCUUUUGUUUGAAUUAAACUCAGACUUGCUAUGUCACCUGACAGUCUUGUGGUUUUGGAUGAACAUGGCUCAUUGCUAUUAUUAACCUGCGCUGGCAGCCGGGCACAACAGGAGUUUGUGGGGAUCGUGGAAGGCGGAACCGCUCGCGGGACGAAGAUGCUUCCCAGCUGGCCUCUGCCGGAGUUCGACCCAAGUCAGAUCCGACUGAUUGUGUAUCAGGACUGUGAAAGAAGAGGGCGCAAUGUCUUAUUCGACUCCAGUGCUAAAAGGAAAAUAGAGGAUGUUUCAGUGUCGAAACUCUGCAGUGAUGCUCAGGUGAGGGUUUUCGGGAAAUGUUGCCAGCUGAAGCCUGGAGGAGACAGCUCUUCUUCCCUGGAUAGUUCAAUCAAUUCAUCCUCCUCCUUCUCUGAUGCAAAAGAGCAAUGUCCGAAAUACCAGGGUUCUCGAUGCUCCUCUGAUGCUAAUAUGCUUGGAGAGAUGAUGUUCGGCUCUGUGGCCAUGAGUUACAAGGGCUCCACGUUGAAAAUUCACCAGAUUCGCUCACCUCCUCAGCUCAUGCUCAGCAAGGUUUUCACCGCUCGCACUGGAAGUAGCAUCUAUGGCAGUCUAAACACGCUGCAAGACAGUCUUGAGUUCAUUAAUCAAGACAGCAAUACGUUAAAGCCUGACCACAGUACAAUUAUGAAUGGACUUCUUGGAAAUAUAGUUCACAGCAACCCUAUGGAUAUGCCCGGGAGGGAGCAGAGCGAGGACAGAGACAGCGGUAUAGCGAGAUCUGCAUCUCUUAGCAGUCUGCUCAUCACGCCGUUCCCGUCCCCGGGCUCCUCGUUCAACAAGAGCUGUGCGAGCAGCUACCAGCGGCGCUGGCGGCGCAGCCAGACCACCAGCCUGGAGAACGGCGUCUUCCCUCGAUGGUCCAUGGAUGAAAGCUUUAAUUUGUCAGAUGACAGCUCUGGUCCUAGCCCAGGAAUUGUUAGGAAAAAAAAGAUAGCAAUUGGAGUCAUUUUUUCACUCUCAAGAGAUGAAGAUGAAAAUAACAAAUUUAAUGAAUUCUUCUUCUCGCACUUUCCUCUUUUCGAGAGUCACAUGAACAAACUGAAGAGUGCAAUAGAACAGGCUAUGAAAAUGAGUCGUAGAUCAGCUGAUGCCAGUCAGCGGAGUCUGGCGUAUAACAGGAUUGUUGAUGCCCUUAACGAAUUCAGAACAACUAUUUGCAACCUGUACACGAUGCCGCGGAUUGGGGAACCCGUCUGGCUCACCAUGAUGUCUGGAACACCAGAAAAGAACCAGCUUUGCCAUCGUUUCAUGAAGGAGUUCACCUUCUUGAUGGAAAAUGCGUCGAAAAACCAGUUUCUACCAGCUUUGCUGACCGCGGUCCUCACUAACCACCUGGCCUGGGUCCCUACCGUCAUGCCCAACGGGCAGCCGCCCAUCCGAAUCUUCCUGGAGAAGCAUUCUUCCCAGAGCGUGGACAUGCUGGCCAAGACGCACCCCUACAACCCGCUGUGGGCGCAGCUAGGUGACUUGUACGGGGCUAUUGGAUCACCUGUGAGACUAGCAAAAACAGUUGUGGUUGGCAAAAGGCACGACCUGGUACAGAGGCUGCUCUACUUCCUCACUUACUUCAUCCGGUGCUCGGAGCUCCAGGAGACACAUCUCCUGGAAAACGGGGAGGAUGAAGCCAUUGUCAUGCCUGGGACUGUGAUCACCACCACGCUGGAGAAGGGAGAAGUGGAGGAAUCCGAGUACGUGCUUGUCACAAUGCACAAGAACAGGGGCAACUUGCUGCCGAGCGAGGCUGAGGAGACGAGAGCUCCCAACUGCAGCUGCAAAUACUGCAAAUGCCCCAUCGCCCUCGCCCCGAGCGCGGAAGGUGCCGCCCAGCAGGACAGAGAAGAUGCCCCAAGCACUGCUAAGGUGGAGCUGGAAACGUCCUCGGACGAGAGCAGGACGGCUGGUUCCAGUGACUGCCAGGAAGACGCUCUUGAUGUUCAGCAAGCGAGAAGCUGCCUGGAACCUAAACUGGAGACCGUAGUGUGCACGGGGUCAGCGUCGCCGGAGCAGCGCGUGAAGCUGCCUCCAGACAAGCUCUGCUGCGGUGCCUGUCCCGGCGCCGCCGCCGCGGCGCAGACAAAGGUGACCUUCCUCAUCGGAGACUCCAUGUCGCCCGACUCGGACAUCGAGCUCCGGAGCCAGGCGGUGGCGGAGCAGAUCGCGCGGCACCACGGGCAGCCGGCCCCGGAGGAGGCAGCGCCUGCGGAGCCGAGCUGCGAGGCUGAGCACGCUGUGGAGGACCAAAACGGGGCCCGUGGGACGGCCCAAGCCUUUCCUCAAGUUGCUAGUGAGCAUCAGAGCUGGAAUCCGAAUCCAUACGGUGCUGAGAGCAUGAGUCUGUUUGAUGAAUAUUUUACUGAUGACAGUUCCAUUGAAACCCGGACUAUUGAUGAUAUCCCAGGGCAAGCAGCUGCAGACCUGCUCACUCACAGCAAUAGCUCAGACUUUUCUAAAAAGCUGUGCCCAAAGGCUAGCAAACCACCCAGUGAAUUCUGUAAGUUUAUGGACUCCGUUCGACAGGAGACCUACAAAAACUGCUUUGAUGAGCAGGACCAAAGAGACAAAAUCUCUAUUCGUGUCCCCCAUGGGGAUAGAGAAAACGUAGAGAAAAAAGUCGCCCCAGGAAUUGAUUGGGACAUUCCGAGAAACGAGAGCUCCGAUAGCGCCCUGGGCGACAGCGAGAGUGAGGACACGGGUCACGAUCUAACUAGAGCAAGCGGGAACUACUAUGGAGGGGAGCAGGAGGACUGGGCAGAGGAGUAUGAGAUCCCUUUCCCCGGGUCAAAAUUGGUUGAAAUGAACUCUGUCCAGCCCAGUAUUGCCAAUUUUGGAAGAUCCUUACUAGGCGGCUACUGCUCAUCUUAUGUUCCUGACUUUGUUUUGCAAGGAAUAGGAAGUGAUGAGAAGCUGAGACACUGUUUGGUGUCAGAUCUGUCACACGCUGUGCAGCAUCCUGUUCUGGAUGAACCCAUCGCCGAAGCCGUCUGCAUUAUUGCAGACACGGACAAAUGGACUGUGCAAGUGGCCAGUAGCCAGCGGCGGAUGAUUGAGAACAAGCUGGGGAAGGAGGUAUUGGUCUCCAGCCUCGUCUCCAACCUGCUCCAUUCCACUCUUCAGCUUUACAAGCAUAAUCUAUCUCCGAACUUUUGCGUGAUGCACCUGGAGGCCCGGCUGCAGGAGCUGUACUUCAAGAGCAAGAUGCUGUCCGAGUACCUCAAGGGCCAGAUGCGGGUGCACGUGAAGGAGCUGGGCGUCGUGCUGGGGAUCGAGUCGAGCGACCUGCCCUUGCUGGCGGCCGUGGCGAGCACCCACUCGCCCUACGUGGCCCAGAUCCUGCUGUGA